ACCAUUUUUGAGUCGGGUACGAGAACUCACUGGCAUUGAGGGACGCAGGAAACUAAGGUGGUCUCCGAGAGCUUUCUUGGGCUCUGCACCCUCUGGUACUAGUGCUCACGGAUAACCAGGCCUCAUCACUAGGGUGGUCCCUGGAACGAUGGCGCCAAGCGCCCGGGGACUGAAGCUCGGCCGACGAUACAAACUGUUAGCUGGUGCCGCGCUUGUACUGCUGCUCAUACAGGGCCUGGUGGUGUGGAGCUUCAGUGGUCUGGAGGGGGACGACAAGGAGAAUUCCCUGCCAAGGGUAAAUAGAAGCCCAGAUAAUGGAGAAGUCGCCAAGGACUCCGACAGCUCUGCAGGGAGUAGAUUGCAGAGGUGGACAGUGAAACCAGAAAGGAAGAGCAAUGAUGGGAGCAAAAUAACUAGAAAGGCCACUGCAAUACGCAAACAAAGGCUGCCUGUCCACGUUUCCCACAAGGACUGGCACAAUUUUACCCGAGAAGGGGACACAGGUAGUGUGGAGGGAGCACCUCACUCAUCAGACCGCGGGUUCACUCCAAAGUGUGAGAUCACUGGAAAGGAUGCUCUAUCGGCUCUUGCCAGGGCUAGAACCCAGCAGUGCCAGCAAGAGAUAGCUAAUCUGGUUUGUCUUCACCUGGCGGGACAGCUCAUGCCAAAAAGUGUUCAACGUCAGUGCCAGUUCACAGGAAAGGUAAACUCAGGCUUAACAUGGGAGGAACCUGAUGUGGGCGCCUUACCCCCUGAAAAACCUUUACGUGUGUUGUAUAUGCUGGUUGUGCAUGGUAGAGCUAUACGGCAAUUGAGACGCCUCAUAAAGGCAAUUUACCAUCAAGAUCACUUCUACUACAUCCACGUGGAUCAGAGAUCCGAUUACCUUCACCGGGAAGUGGUUCAGCUAGCGCAGUCUUAUGAGAACAUGCGCGUCACCCCUUGGCGCAUGGUGACCAUAUGGGGAGGAGCCAGCCUUUUGACCAUGUACCUACGCAGCAUGAAGGACUUGCUGGAGAUGCCAGACUGGCCUUGGGACUUCUUUAUCAACCUGAGUGCCACUGACUACCCUACAAAGACAAACGAGGAGCUGAUCCUUUUCCUGUCCAAACACAGACAUAAGAACUUCCUCAAGUCUCACGGCCGUGACAAUGCUCGUUUUAUAAAAAAACAGGGCCUGGAUCGUCUUUUCCACGAAUGCGACUCCCACAUGUGGCGUCUUGGGGAGAGGCAGAUUCCCGAGGGGAUAGUGGUGGAUGGCGGCUCAGACUGGUUUGCCCUGACGCGAAAUUUUGUGGAAUAUGUCACCUACACGAAAGAUAUCUUGGUCUCUGAACUGAGACAAUUUUACAAGUACACCCUUCUGCCUGCUGAGUCAUUCUUCCACACGGUCUUGGAAAACAGUAAAGCCUGUGACUCUCUGGUGGAUAAUAACCUGCGAGUGACCAACUGGAACAGAAAGCUGGGCUGCCGCUGUCAAUAUAAGCACAUAGUGGACUGGUGCGGCUGUUCGCCCAAUGACUUCAAACCUCAGGAUGUGGUGCGCCUUCAGCAGCUCUCCCGGCCUACGUUCUUUGCACGAAAAUUUGAGUCAUCGGUGAAUCAGGAGGUGUUGGAUAUUUUGGAUGCUCAUUUAUUUGGGGAGCUUCCGUCAGAGACUCCUGGAUUGAAGGGGUACUGGGAAAAUGUCUACGACAGCAUUGAUCAGAUGGGGGGAUUAAGUGAUGUCACAAUGACUGCCUACCCUGCAUUCACACGCCUAGCACUGCGUGAACUACAGGGCUCCAAAAAGCAGCCGAAACAACCAUAUUGCAGGUUCACAGCGUCAGGUUUGCCGUCCAGCGUCGAGCUGUAUUUCUAUGAUGACCAUUUCCAAGGUUACCUUGUGAAACAGGAGGUGCAGAGUGGAGAAACUCUGGAGAUCUGGAUGAUGCCACAGGGUAGCCUGAAACUGUCACAACAAGGCGGAGCAAUAGGCCGCAUACAGGGUCUUGAAGUGGGCACUGAAUGGGACCCCAAAGAAAGGAUCUUCCGUAAUUUUGGAGGCCUGAUUGGGCCGUUGGAUGAGCCGGUGGCAGUACAGAAGUGGUCCCGUGGGCUCAACCUGACCGUUACAGUGGUUUGGAUUGAUCCAACAUACAUUAUCGCUGCCUCUUAUGACAUCACUGUGGAUAUGGAUGCUGAUUUCACACAGUACAAGCCUCCUCUGGCCCGCCCCCUGCGUCCUGGCUAUUGGACUGUUCGGCUCUUACGCUUCUGGGAGUUACUGGCCGAGGUUCGCUUCCUUGUGGUACCACUGACCGUGAGAAACAAGGAGCCACUGCGGAAAGGCGAUAAUUGGUUGCACGCAGGACCCUCAAAAGGUCAGUAUAUGGAGCAAAAUUUCCAAGCUCUCAGCGGGAUUUUGAACUUACCCCCCAGAGUGGAGGCAGAACGAGAUGCUAAUCAUAAUUCAGAGCUCCUUGGCAAAGAGCUGGAAGCGUGGACAGAUGAAAGUUUAAGGAGCUUUUGGUCAGUCGGGGGCAUAUGCACCAAGGAUGAUUCUAAGUCCUGCCCCUCUCUUCCCAAAUGCUCCAAAACACGCUGGAGCUCUCUGUCCCCUGACCCAAAGUCAGAGCUAAGCCCAGUCACACAUGAUGGCCGUCUGAGGUAACACUUUCUGCAGGCAGAGAGCACAGACUUGGAUUGAUGGCACCACUUAGACUGAUGGACAUAGACCCACUCAUAUCACGCUACACAAUAACUUGGGCAGUGCUGUAGAGUUGGAGAAGUCGAGCCAACAGACUGCUAUUCUUUUGUGAGCAGGUUUGCUGCCUCGGCUGCAAGCUGCAAGAAUGUAAUAAUCUCCCGAGAACAAGAUGGAAGCCUUACUCAGCCGCAUAACACAGGCAUAGCGGUGCCCAGCACUGAGGUUCUUAAACAGACAAUGCUGAUGUUAUACCCCAAUGCACACAUUUUGUUUUGUGUGUCCACUCUGUCUUUCCAUUUCAUCCCUGUGUGCCAAAUACAUUUUUAAUGGGGACAUUUCCGCUGCUAUAAGAAGAAACGACCAAAUGCUACAUGGGGGUGAAGUUUGUAUGGUGGGGCUCAUUGUUGUUCGACGAGCUCUGCCUUAAAUUACGCCUUGGGGGGCUGGUUCCCCUGGGGUGAUGCGUUUAAUCUCUGUUCUUUCAUAUCAGAUUGUGUUGACACUCUGUAAUUAUGAAUCUUCCAGUCAAUAAAGAGACCACUGUGGCCGCUUAUGCGGCAUUAAAAUGCUGCGGCUUCAACCACUCUGGCAACACCACUGUGGUUUCUGCAGUUGCUUCCCCAACAGAUGCAGUUUCCAAAUCAAGCUAGUCAGUUGUAACAUGCUAACAGCUAGGGUGUAUGGUACAGGACAAACAAGAACCAAAACUAGCCUGUGUAUUUCAGCCUCCUGUGUGUAUGUGUCAGGCAGGCGGGAAUCAAAGGACCGUGAGGCUGCGGCCUGUCUGCGACAACACUACGAUGCACUUUAAGUUUUGUUUUCUUGAGUGAAAUCAGUCUUAAUAAAUGGGUUACUAUAA